CGCUGUCCCGGGAGGAGGCGCUGCCGCCAGCCCGGCCCCGGCCCGGGCCGUGCCCAGAUCCGGGCCAUGGCGGCGGGGCGGGCGCGGGUGUCCCGCCUGCUGCGGCAGCUGGAGCGGGCAGCUUGUCGGUGCCCGAGCCAUGGCCACACUUAUUCCCAAGUCCCUGAACGGCCCACCCCGGGGAAUACAGACUAUGCAUUUGAGAUGGCCAUUUCAAACAUCCGAUAUGGAGAAGGAGUUACAAAAGAGAUUGGCAUGGACCUGCAGAAUCUUGGUGCUAGAAGAGUUUGUUUGAUGACAGAUAAAAACCUCUCCAAACUGCCUCCUGUAAAUGCAGUAUUGAAUUCCUUGGCAAAAUAUGGUAUAAACUUUCAAAUGUAUGAUAAUGUCCGUGUGGAGCCAACAGACCAAAGUUUUCUGGAUGCCAUUCAAUUUGCUAAAAAAGGAGAGUUUGAUGCCUAUGUUGCUGUUGGAGGUGGGUCUGUAAUAGACACCUGUAAAGCUGCCAACCUGUAUGCAGCCAACCCUUCAUCAGAAUUCCUGGAUUAUGUCAAUGCUCCUAUUGGGAAAGGGAAGCCUGUCACUGUGCCCCUCAAGCCACUUAUUGCAGUUCCUACGACAUCUGGCACUGGAAGUGAAACUACUGGCGUUGCCAUUUUUGACUUCAAAGAACUAAAAGUUAAAACCGGUAUUGCUUCAAGAGCCAUUAAGCCAACAUUAGGCAUUAUUGAUCCUUUACACACGCUGUCUAUGCCUGAACGAAUAGUGGCCAACAGUGGCUUUGAUGUGCUUUGCCAUGCCCUGGAAUCAUACACUGCUCUCCCUUACAACAAGCGCAGUCCCUGCCCUUCCAAUCCCAUCAACCGCCCGGCCUACCAAGGCAGCAACCCCGUCAGCGAUGUCUGGGCUCUGCACGCUCUGCGUAUUGUCGCUAAAUAUCUGAAAAGAGCCAUUAGAAACCCUGAAGACCGUGAAGCAAGAGCCAACAUGCACCUGGCAAGUGCUUUUGCUGGUAUUGGCUUUGGCAAUGCUGGUGUUCAUCUCUGCCAUGGAAUGUCUUACCCUAUUUCUGGUUUGGUGAAAACUUAUAAACCAAAGGAUUAUAAUGUGGAUCACUCUUUAGUGCCACAUGGCCUUUCUGUGGUGCUGACAUCCCCAGCAGUGUUUGCUUUCACAGCACAGAUACAUCCUGAGCGCCAUUUAGAAGCUGCAGAGAUUCUAGGAGCUGACAUCCGCACUGCCAGAAUCAAAGAUGCAGGGCUUAUUUUGGCAGACACACUCCGGAAAUUCCUAUUUGAUCUGAAUGUUGAUGAUGGCUUGGCUGCAAUUGGUUAUUCCAAAGCAGACAUCCCUGCAUUAGUCAAAGGCACUCUGCCUCAGGAGAGAGUCACUAAACUAUCACCACGUCCCCAAACAGAAGAAGACUUAUCUGCUCUCUUUGAGGCUUCCAUGAAACUUUAUUAGCUUAAACAUGUUGUUCUGGAAAGUGUGGUCUAUUCUAACACAGAGGUAGUUUCUCAUAGAUACAGGACUGAACUUGUUUAGAGCAUGGAAGAAUCUGGGUACCUUUGACUUCUGUUCCAUUGUACACUGCCAAAAGGUCACGUAAUUCAUCUUUAACUAAACGGUGCUUUGAAGUGUGGACUUGACUGUGGUUUCUUUCUUGCUCACUAGUCAGUGGCAUUGACUUGCAUAAAAGGUAGAGCAGAUUUCUUGCAUUACUGAAGGGUUUUUUUGUGCUUUAGAGGUGGUCAAAGGUGAAAAUUUUGUUCUAAGGGAUAUUUCAAACCAUUUUGCAAAUUCUGCUUCUAUUUAAAUUAUCCAUAAUUUUGUUAUAAAAAUCCAU